AUGUUGACUUCAAGCGAGAUCGAGAAGUUGCUUAAUGGGCCAGCGCUAGCCCCACCGAAGGGCGUAAAGCCAAAUUUUACAGAUUUCUCGAACUCUUCACCUUUGUACUUAGCCGUAACGGUUACUUGCAUCAUCAUUGCCACACUCGCAGUAUGGAGCCGUAUCUACGUCAAGGCCUGCAUCGUGAAGAAACUACAUUGGGAGGACUAUAUCAUGGCUUUUGCUUGGAUCGUGUUUCUUCCUUAUGCAGGAGUCGUGUUGUGUCUCUACAACUUCGCUCCAAGUUACCAUCAAUGGGAUAUUCAGCUCAAGCGACUAGGAGAUUGGCUCUAUUAUAUCUAUAUCGGAGCACCAAUGAAUGGUGUGAUAAUUACUCUGGUCAAGACUGCGAUUAUCAUCCAAAUCCUUCGUGUUUUCGUACCCCCAGGAACUCGAGAUCUAGUCUUCUGGUCAUCGCACUUCAUCCUCUGGCUCAACGUCCUCUUCUACACAAUCUGCACCUUCCUAGAGGUCUUUUCAUGUUCCCCAAUUCGGAAAUCGUGGGAUGUCAUGCUCCAAGAAGGCCACUGUUUGAAUACUGAGGCCAUAAACAUUGCUGCUGGAAUUGGCAAUGUUGUUACCGAUGUAGUCAUAUUUUUCCUUCCGCAGUGGGUCAUCUGGCGACUUUUAGUUUCCGACUGGCGUAGGAGAGCGAAGCUGGUAUUCGUAUUUUGCAUAGGAGCCCUCGCAAUCGUCUUCGCUUGCAUGAGACUAGUGUUUGCCGUCAAGCUGGCCCAGAACGAGGACAAGACAUACUAUCUGUCAAUUAUAGGUGUGGUGUCUUUUGCGGAAAUGAUGAGCGGGUUUCUCAUUGUGGCUCUCCCAGUGCUGCCAAAAUUCGCAGCGUCAAUGGUGGACGGUUCCAGCAAGAUCAGCCUUUCUUUAAGAUCUCUACUUCAGUCAUGGAGAGACUCCAGGAGUUCGAAGGAAUCCGGAAAGCAUGGUUUUAGUGCUAGGAGCGCGUGGCAGAGAACGUUCACUUGGGUUCAUAGUCGUGAGAGUGGCCAGUCUGGAGUGGUUGACCUCGCUCCAGCUCCGAGCAAGGAAUCUCAGAAUCCCAGUGAGAACGGGUUUGUGCUCGAGUUCCAGACUCAGCCAGACUAUAUCGAGCGGCUGAGUUCUGCGGAUUCAGGACAAACAGAGAAGGAGGCUAUGUCGCAGAAGGAAUGA